AUGCUAUUGUUGACGCUAUUGGUGAAGACAAAGUUUGGUAUUAGAUUGUCUCCAUACGGUACUUUUGGUACUAUGUCUGGUGGUGCUGACCCAACUUUACUUGCUCAAUAUGCCUAUGUCUUGGGUGAAUUAGAAAAGAGAGCUAAGGCCGGUAAACGUUUAGCGUUCGUCCAUUUGGUUGAACCUCGUGUCACUAAUCCGUUCAUGACUGAAGGUGAAGGUGAAUACAAUGAUGGUACCAUCUAA